AUGAUUGGAAUCGUCAGCAACAGAAAGAGCGCGUCAGACUUUGACGACGACAUGAAGCGGGCCAAGUCUCUGGGAAUUGACGCAUUCGCUCUGAACAUUGGCGUGGACCCCUACACUGACCAACAACUUCAACUGGCAUACGAAUCGGCUGCCAACAAUGACAUGAAAGUCUUCCUAUCAUUCGAUUUCAACUGGUGGCAUAUUGAACAGGCUACUGAAAUUGGCCAGAAGAUUGCCCAGUAUGGUACCAAACCUGCGCAACUUAUCGUCGAUGACAAGGUGUUUGUUUCAUCAUUCGCCGGCGAUGGACUGGAUGUUGCAGCUUUGCGAGCCGCAGUGGGAAGAUCGAUAUUUUUCGCACCCAAUUUCCAUCCAUCUACUGGAACGGACAUUUCGCCAGUUGAUGGGCUAUUGAAUUGGAUGGCCUGGCCAAACAACGGAAACAACAAAGCCCCAACUCCAGGUCACAAUAUUUCUGUGGCCGACGGAGAUGAUGAAUAUGUCAACGCCCUUGGUGGAAAAGCUUAUAUUGCCCCUGUAUCCCCGUGGUUUUUCACGCAUUUUGGACCAGAGGUUUCUUAUAGCAAGAAUUGGAACUUCCCAUCUGAUCUCCUAUGGUUUAACAGAUGGAAUGAGAUCCUUGCGUUGAAACCACGAUUUAUCGAGAUUGUGACAUGGAAUGACUAUGGAGAGUCUCAUUACAUUGGUCCUUUGAAAUCACCACAUACUGACGACGGGGCUUCAAAAUGGGUCAAUGACAUGCCUCAUGACGGAUGGCUGGAUAUUUCAAAACCAUAUAUCGCUGCGUUCAAAGCAGGCCAGUCGUCCCCCGACAACCAUAUAUCAUCUGAUGAGCUGGUGUACUGGUAUCGACCUGCACCACGUGGAGUGGACUGCGACUCUACGGAUACUUGCAUGGUACCAGCAAACAAUGGGAGUGGAAACUAUUUCAUGGGUCGCCCGGAUGGCUGGGAGUCCAUGGCAGAUUCUGUCUUCGUUGUUUCGUUGCUUACAUCCCCAGCUACGGUGCAGGUCAAUAGCGGCGGGACUGUCUAUAAUUACGACGCACCAGCAGGUGCAAGCGCAAAGGAGGUCCCGAUGGGAGUUGGCUCACAAAGCUUUGCGGUAAUUCGUGAUGGGCAAACUAUUCUUUCAGGGACCAGCAUGAAGGAGAUUAUCAAUGACUGCGUGUGUGGUUUGUAUAACUUCAACGCCUAUGGGCCUACGUGUUCAUACAUGUCAACCGACUCCCUCAUUAGGCACAGUACCCCCAGCUCCCCCAUCUUCAAGUACGAGCAGCACGUUGCCGAGUUCUCCCCCAACAAUACCACCGAGUACAACACCUCCGAGUACACCACCUCCGAGUACAACACCCCCGAGUACAACACCCCCGAGUACAACGCCGCCUGCAAGUACAACGACCCCCCUGGACAAUGCUCUACUACCACAUCGACUGUCGUGAUCACUGUUACAGUCACUCAGAUUCUCAGUCCAUCACCUUCUACUCCUCCAGGCGGGGGUGGUGGUGGAGGAGGAGGUGGCAGUGGAGAUAAUGUCUGCAUUGCGGGAACAGGAUCAGAUAACUACCUGGGCCCUGCACUUGUACGCAGUAUGGAGAUCCAGUCCCGUCUCCACCAUCGACUGGAGCUCGUGGGGCACCUCUUGUGGGCGAAGACGAUUCGUACCUCGGUCUUUGCAGUUUUGCAUGUGAUCAUGGCUAUUGUCCCCCCACGGCCUGCAGAGUAG